AUGAGUCAAGCUGAAAUCCGAGCUCAGAAGCAACGCGAGCAAAAUGAGCGCCGGCUUUCAGUUCAACGCAGCAAUGCAUAUUUCUCUAUUCGGUCACAGAGUGACAGCGAAAGCGCAAAGCCCAAUCCAUCGACCACCCUCAAACCCCCUCAAGAUUCUGGUCAGCGGACUUGUCCUCCAAACUUACCAUUGACGACUCCGAUGUCUUGGAGUGAAGAGUGCGCUUCACCUGUGCCGUAUCACAUUUCACGCCCAACGCUUAUAUCAAAUUCGGUAAGCGAUAACAUAUCCCCAAAUAUAGCGGCAACAACAACUAGUACAGUGACAUGUUUUACUACCUCUAUCGCGCCAACAACAACAACAAACACACCGGUACCUGCCGACUGCACAGCGGUGUCAACAGCCCGGCCUAUUCUUGCUGCACAAGCACAAAAUAACUUAAGUGCAAGCACUGGCAACAGAGGUAAAGCGCAAGAAAAGUUGAAAAACGAAACAACUAAAAAUGCGGCCAUACAGACUGGAAUGGACCGCUAUGUUACAAUUAAAAGAAAACUUAGUCCGCAAAAUUCAACGGGCUGUAUCGAACCAAGCGUUGAAGCUGUGGAAGUUUUGGAGGCACUUAAAGAACAAGGUUUCUAUACAAAAGCUGCUGUGAAUAUUUUUAAUAGGAACAAAAUCCCUCAACCUAUGUUUGAAGUUGAGCUCGAGCCUGAAAACAAACCUCUGGGCAAAAACGAUGUGCAUCCAAUUUAUAAAUUACAAUAUCUGCUGCAUCGUAGGAUAACUGUGGAAGAACCAUAUAAGAGAAAUUUCCCUGUACAAUGCACCAACUGCCAGGAGUAUGGUCAUACUAGGUCUUACUGCACGCUUCGCUCAGUAUGCGUAGCUUGUGGAGAGCUACAUGUCUCUGCCACUUGCACAUCAAACAAAGAAGACCCGCGUGCAAAAAAAUGUGGUAACUGCGGUGGAAACCACACAGCAAACUACAGAGGCUGUCCAGUCUAUAAGGAGUUAAAAAACCGGAUCAACCAACGCGUGGCUUCCAUACGUACUCAUAAUGUACCGAAUGCCUUUGUACCCUCCCAAACGAAUCCUGACGUCUUCUUCGCCAAAAGAGCCACGUCGCCAACAGUUCUAUCAAACACCGUCAAUGGCGUCUCGUUUGCAAGUGCCGUAAAAUCAGGCUUAGAAAACCGUGCCCUUACAAAAAUUGCACCUCAAGUUGCGCCGCAAGAACAGCAUCCCCAUGCACAAUAUGGUAAGCAAUCCAAUAUCGAAGCUAUGAUAGCGUCGAUGCAACAAAGCAUGAUGAAUUUCAUGACUUACAUGCAAAACACAAUGCAAAAACUCAUGCGAAAUCAAAAUACGCUGCUCAACCUGCUUGCUACUCAGCAAACAAGAUAA